UCCUUGUUCUUCUUCUUCUCCCAUGUCUAGCAAAAGAUCAAGUGGCAGCAGGAGCAAUGGAAAUGAAGAUUUCAGCCUCAGGCUUAGAGAGCUUUCAUCAACUAACAAGAAGAAGAAAAGAAAUGCAGCUAAGGUUCUGGAUGAAGCAUGCAAUCACAUUAAGAAGCUGAACGGAGAGGUGGAGGAUUUAAGCAAUCGGAUAUCGGAGUUAUUGAACUCGUCGGAGGCCGAAAACGGCGUUAAUGCAGACAUUCUUAGACAACUUUUACAACAAUAA